GUUCUCGUUCCUAGAGUGAUAACUUCUGAGAGCGUUUCUGUAGCGUUUUCACGUCAUCUCGUCAGCUUGUUUGCAGAGCGGUGACUUUCGUGCAGGUCAUUCCGAGGAGGGAAUGCGAGAGUUCAUGCACGAGAUCGUGGGACGACGACGGCCGAUGCGCGUGUAACGGUGUAGAUUUAAUAUAAAAAUGGCAAAAAAAAUAUUUGAACCUUUACUUCAAUUAUGGCCUCAGUGGUUCGCAACUCUAACAGUGACCUUGUUGACCAUCAAUAUUGGUCUCGCAAACGGUUGGACUUCGCCUUACUUGGCGCAACUGACCGAUGAAAAUGCUCUGUUUCGCGUAACGAACGAAGAAGCGUCUUGGAUAGCUUCUCUAUUACCACUCGGGCGCCUCUUAGGCGCCGUCUUUGGACCUCUCAUUUUAGAAUGUAUAGGCAGCAAGAUGUCUAUCCUGUCAACAGGAUUACCGAUGAUCGUCAGCUGGAUUUGCAUAAUAUUCGCAACUUCCCCCACAUGGUUUAUCAUUAGCUUGGUACUGAUGCUAUGCCACAUGGUUAUUUUUCCAUUCCUGCCGCAGUCGCCGUAUUAUUACGUACGACACAAUGACACUAAGAGGGCGGAACAAGCUAUUCGAUGGUAUUACCGAAAAUCUAAUAUAAAAAACGAAAUAGAAGCCGUGGAACUUUUCGUGAAUUCAACGCGUACAAUCAACAUAAGGGAACGAUUGUAUCAGAUGAAAGAGCCGAAAAAUCGACGCUCUUUCAUAAUAAUGAUAAUACUUUUCAUGUUUAUGCAAAUGAGUGGACUAAAUACUAUUGUAUUUUACAUGGAAAUUAUUCUAAAGAAAGGAAAGGUGACAUCAAUCAUACCUUCAACUGUAGUGAUGAUCGUCGGUGCAGUCAGUAUAAUUAUCGGCUGGAUGGGAACAUUUGCCAUCGAUCGUUACGGUCGCAGAAUCCUAUUAGCAAUAUCAUCUUUAGGCGUGAUGAUCGGCUCGGUGUUGUUAGGUUUACAUUUCUUUUUGUUAGACUACGGCUACAAUCCCGGUAAUCUCGAGUGGUUGAUUAUUCUAUCGUUACUGUUGUUCAUGAUGUUGCACUUCGGACUCGUACCGGUACCUAUGACAACUCUAAGUGAAACAUUUCCUUCUGAUCUGAAAAGCUUGGCUGGAUUCUUAGGAAGUAUUACGUCAGCGACAUUCGCAUUCGUCGCCUCAAGAACAUAUCAGCCAUUGGUAGAUCUCAUGAGCGAAAAGUAUGUUUUCUGGAUAUAUGCAGUGAUCAUCAUGAUGAGCUUAAUAUAUGCACUCACCAUACUGCCAGAGACAAAAGGAAAAACGUUACAGGAAAUUCAAGAUAUGAUGACUACGAGAAGUGCUACUAAAAAAUCACAACAAGAGAUACGCGAAUAAAAAUGCUUAAACGUAGCAAAUUUUUUAACUCUUCCAAAAUAUAGAAUAGUAAUUAAUUAAUGUAAUUAU